AUACGUUACACAAUUUCCGCGCCGGCUUCAACGUUCACUCACCGUUACUCUGUAUGCACACAACAACCGGAACGUGCUUCGUUAAUUCCCGCUCUUUACCUUUCCACACUGGUGACUUCCUGUAAUUUGGCCCGUUCAAACAACUGCACGGAUUACAUUUGCCCUGGCGCAAUAAUCUUCUUCUGAUAUCCAAUAGGAACGCUAUACUUAUCCGCUUGAUUACAGCGGCAUUUCGUAUGAUAGAUGAUUAUUUUGUCCAUCCUUCACCGCGAUCGAUUUGCCAUAUGAGAAAGUGUCCAGCUGGUCAAGCGAAAACAUCCCCAUUGACCCAGUGAAUGGUGAUGCCGACGAUGGGUCCAAUAUCAGCCGUUGACUGGACGGAUGGUGGAAUAGAAAACAAACAACCCGGCAUCAUCUUCUGAGUGCGGUUAUUCGAGUGGCAAUAUUGUAGUCGAAUUUCGCUACGUCCAGUUGGUUGGAUGGGAUUGAUUGCUGCGGCGCCGCAAUGAGGACGGCGGCUGCUGGACUGCUGUUAAUGGGAUUAUGGUCCUGCCUGGAGGGGGCCCGGGGCCGACCGGCAGCGGCAGACAUGUCGGCGCUAACGAGGGAGGCUGACAGGCCGUCUGACAGCGGCAACUGUGCCCUGCCGGAUGCCUGGAACGGCGAAUGGUUCCUUUCCGGCGUGGUCGGUGUGAUCAACAUUAAUCAGAAUUCCAUCACCGGAAAAGGAGAGUGUGUCCUUCAAAAGUCCGAUAAAUUCAUCCACAAAUUUCUUCUCUAUAAUCGAGUGCAGAAUUGCAGUCAGUGUAUCAUCACAUCUAGUCCACAACAGCAUCCGAAUGUCAUACAAUUUAAAGAAAGCUACUGUGUGCCAUCCGAAGAGCAAUACUCAUUUGAGGAACUCUGUGAUACGAUAACCGGAAACGCGGAUUUAUUCACAAUGUUUCGCCUUAAUGCGGAACCGGAACGGUGUCCCUUCAACGGACGAUAUUCGUUCACGUACACACAGGGCUACACGGAAUGCAGCAAUCCUGUGUCGCAGACGGAGACAUGUGUUAAGGACUCAGAGAUGAUGCUACAUUACAAAUCCUGCCCGGAUGCCACAGAAGAACGCAAUGUCAAACUGGAGUGUCUGGGAUCGUGGCGCAACGGAGAGAACCGGUACCUUAUCGGUCGCAUCACGCACACGAUGGCCAACAGCAAUGAAGAGAUUUUUCGCUGCUUUAUGUAUAAAAUGACGGAUUCUGGAGUGCAGUUGGCGCAGUCGGCCGACGCAACAUGUAAUGCACUGUAUUCCCCACAGGAGGGACCGCAGACGUUAACACUGACACCAGAAAAUGACCCCGAGCCAAACUGCGUGUUUCCGCUGUGGCUGAGCGAGCGGAGAAGCUGGCACGCCAUGGAAUCAGAUGUCCAGUUCCGUUUUGCCGCUUCCGGGACGUCACUGCGGCAGUACACCGGGAAUUCGACGGACGACGACGAUGUCAUCCUGGAGACGACGUGCAUGCGGGAUUUCCCGACAAGGAUCACCAUCGGGGAAUCAUUCAAAGCCGUCAUGUUUGCCACUCGCGGAUGCUCGAGCGGAUACAUGUGUAUGCAGUUUAUAAAAUUGAACGACCAGAUUGUCCAACUACACCAAGGACGAUUAGCGAAAACAGUGGACGCGGCAUGUACGAAAUCAUACUUCAGCGUUAACCGCACCGACUGGACAACACUGAUCCCGACGGUCGCUUCCGGUGUUACAUGCCCCUUUCCGGGAGAGUACGUCGUCGGCCCGGUUCCCGGCAACAACGUGGAACCAAAAUGCCGGCAAGGAACCAAGAUCUCCAUUGGAUGCGCUCGGGAUUCGUUUGUACGCUUUCAGCCGACCGCGGCGGACGGCAACGUACAAUGCCCGAAACCGGUUGAGGAGAUCAACCUAAUGGAAUUCGUCUGCCACGGACACUGGAAGGAGAACGAAAUCUCGUUUUUCAUUGCCAGUGAUAGAAAAAAUUACUCAGCACGAUACUGCUUCAUGUAUCAAGCCGAAAGUGGAUCCGUCCGCAUCAGCAGCAUCCCGCAGCGCUGUCCCAAUCUGAUCAAUCCGCAGAACGACCUCUUCAACGUGACUAAGUUUACGGAGUGUACAGCGUCCGCUGCCAACUCAGUGUCGUCCAUUUUUCAUGUUGUCAUCGGCCUGCUGUUUUCUUCGCUACUGCUGGGAGUGGGAUGGAGAUGAUAUUCAGCAAAAAUAGUGUAGAGUGCUCAGUUUGCUUACCAAAGAGUCCAAAUCCAACAUUCUCAAUAGUCUGCGGUUGUUUUUGCGUUUUUGAUUGGAGAUUUUUGUUGAGCUGUGAUAUAGACGUGAAUGGCAGGUUUUUAUGUUUGGUGAAGCGUGGCUGAUCAGUUUCCAUGUUUUUACGUUGGUCAUAAAAAAUUUACUACGCAGUA